UUCGCCUCUCUCUCAUCCUCUCCUUCUUUCCUUCUUCAUCGUUUUGCCUCCUCCGUUCAUGGCGAUUCCUCCCCAAAUCUUCCCUCCUCGUAAACGACGACCGUCGGCGGCGUCGUUUAUCUCUCCCAAACUCACAGAGCUCGAUCUCCUUCACUCUCUGCUUCACCUAUCCCGUGAGAUUUCCUCUCUCAAACCCAUCCAAUUCCUUCUCAAACGCAAUUCCUCUUCCAUCAUUCGCAAAACCAAUCUCCUUGCUGUUCUCUUCGAAGAGUUGAUUAGAAGUUCGGUUUCUCUUUCCUUUCAAUCUGCCAUUCUGUGUUUCGAAGAAAUGUACAUAGUUCUACAGAGAAUCAGGACCUUGAUUGAAGAUUGCUCCAACGGAAGCAAGAUGGCGCUGUUGAUGCAGAACGAAUCAAUUGCGGAUAAUCUUCACAAACUCACUGCGGAUUUAUCCACGCUUCUGGAUAUAUUCCCGGUGACGGAACUUGAUUUAAGCGAGGACGUACGGGAGCUUGUGAUCCUCAUCAGAAAACAAUGCACUGAAUCCAAGGCUUUUGUGGAUCCAAAGGACAACGAGCUCAGGCGUGAGGUUGUCACGAUGCUUGAUCGUAUUAAACGAGAGAUCGUCCCCGAUCAUUCCAAGCUUGCAGAUAUCUUCGGGAGGUUGGAAAUCCGAGAUUCUUCUAGCUGCAGAGCGGAGAUUGAGAGUUUAGAGGAGGAGAUUCAGAAUCGAACCGAUGAGCAAUGCAAAUCCGAGCUCGUCGCUUUGAUUGGACUCGUCCGUUACGCUAAAUGCGUUCUUUUCGAAGCUUCCACGCCAUCAUCUUCUUCUUCUGAUGAUGUACCGCGGCGGAAACAGCCGUCGGAGAUCGUUGUCCCGGCGGAUUUCAGGUGCCCGAUCACUCUCGAGCUCAUGCGCGACCCUGUUGUCGUGGCAACAGGACAGACGUAUGACCGUGAGUCCAUCAAACUGUGGCUCGAAUCAGGGCAUAACACGUGUCCCAAGACUGGUCAAACUAUGGCCCACACAGACCUCAUCCCCAACCGUGCAUUGAAGAAUCUCAUUGCAAUGUGGUGCCGCGAGCAGAAGAUAUUUUUUGAAACCGCGGGCGGUAACGACAGGCCUCACGGCGUUAUCAUCAACAAAGCCGCCUUAGAAGCUACUAGAAUGACGGCGUCAUUCUUAGUCAACAAAUUGUCUCUUUCUCCGUCCAUGGAAGCCGCAAACGCCGUCGUUUAUGAGCUUCGUGUGCUGGCAAAAACAGACUCCGAUAGCCGAGCCUGCAUAGCCGAAGCCGGAGCCAUCCCUCUCUUAGUUAGCUACUUGAGCUUCAGCGUCGGCUCACAGAAUCCAAACCUCCAAGUUAAUGCCGUCACGACCAUCCUCAACCUUUCCAUCCUCGAAGCGAACAAAACAAGGAUAAUGGAGACUGACGGAGCAUUAACCGGCGUCGUCGAGGUUCUUCGCUCAGGAACCACGUGGGAGGCGAAGGCCAACGCCGCCGCCACAAUAUUCAGCUUAUCUGGCGUUCCCCCUUACAGGAAAAGACUAGGGAGGAAGACACGUGUCACGAGGGGAUUGAUUGACUUGGCAAGGUGUGGGCCCACAAGUGCCAAGAGGGAUGCUCUGCUGGCAAUUUUGACCCUGGCGACGGAUAGAGAGACGGUGGCGAGGCUGGUGGAAGCUGGGGUUGUGGAGAUGACGGCGGAAGUGAUGGACGGGUUACCGGAAGAGGCGGUGACUAUUCUUGAGGUGGUUGUGAAGCGGGGUGGGUUGGUGGCCGUCGCCGCUGCGUUCGGCAGCAUUAAGAAAUUGGGGGCUAUAUUGAGGGAAGGUUCUGAUAGGGCCAGGGAGAGUGCGGCGGCGACGCUGGCCACAAUGUGUCGUAAAGGGGGGUCGGACAUAGUGGAGGAGUUGGCCUCCUUGCCGGGAAUUGAAAGAGUGAUAUGGGAAUUGAUGGCCAUUGGAACUGUAAGAGGGAAACGAAAAGCCGCCACGUUGUUGAGGGCUCUCCGGCGAUGGGCUGCCGGUUUGGACGGUGCAGGGUUAACGGAAGGAUUUUCAACGGCCAUCCCUUCGUCAGCAACGAUGGUUUCAACUCAAUAACACGAGUAUUUGUCUAUUAGCUUCUUCUUCUUUUUUCCCCCUUUCGCCUUCCAUUUAUAAAUCUGUAAAUGUCUCAGAUUUCAUUGUUUUGAUUUUUAUGGUCACAGUCCUUGGAAAAUGUAACAUACGGAGGAGUUUCGUUUGUAAUCUGAUUCAUUCAUUUGUUUUUGUGCUUAAAGAAUCUCUGGGGAAAUCUUUGGGUAGCUGAAGCCUGAAGGAUAGUGGAAA